ACAGGUGGAUAACAACGGACCAUCGGCUGUGAUAUUUAAACGUAAUUUAUCCGAUAAAAUAUCUGAGAAUAUUCUGGAAGAAUGGAAGGAGAAAAAAAACUUUGAGAGUCGAGUCAUUGAUGUUUCUUCGAUUAAUAUGACAUUGGAACUUAGCGCUAAAAGGAGUGUUUUGGACGCAAAAUAUUUACGAUACGAAGAUAUAAUUCCCGGAACUUUGGUUCAAUGUAAGAUCACCCAAGUUCAACAGAAAGGUUUACAAGUUGUGUUGGGGUCAGGGAAGGUAAAGGUUUCAAAUCCUGCAAUAGUUUGAUGGGUUUUGUGUCAAAACUUCAUUUAUCGGACAUUAUUUUGCAACAUCCGGAGAAAAUUUUCAACGAGGGAAACGUCAUCCGGUGUCGAGUGUUAACAUCGUCGGCGAAACGUCGACAUUUGCAUCUCACGCAUAAACAAUCGCUCGUUGGAUCAAAACUUCCCAUUGUUACCAAUUAUGAUGUCAUAAAGCGUGACGACGUUAUUCAUGGAUUCAUUUCGAAUAUUAAACCUUUUGGAUGUUUCGUAAAAUUUUACGAUGAUGUCACGGGGUUCGUUCCGCAUCACCAACUUUCGGCGACACCUGUUCAAAAUCCACAGAAAUUAUUUUUCAUAGGACAGGUCGUAAAGUGCCGUGUCAUCUCAAACGAUGCUGGAAAUAAAAAGUUGAAAUUAUCGUUUCGGACGAUGAAUGAGAAACGUGUAGUUGAACAUAACGUUAAACCUGGAAUGAUGGUAAAUGUUAAAGUAAUAAUGAAGGAACAAUCACAUUUGUCGGUCAAAAUAAUGGGCGAUGAAUCCGAGCAAUCUGAUUGGCCGACAGCAAUGAUCUCACAAUAUCAAUUAUCCGACUUUGUCGAAAUAUCGAGAAGUAUUUUCACACUAGUUCGCGAGGAAACGGUUUUAAAUGACUGUAUCGUCGUGGCAACCAAACAACAAAUACAAGUAUCUCGGAAACAUAGUUUGGUUGAACGAGGUUUAAAGGUCGACUUCUGUGACCUCAUAAUCGGACAAUUGUUGAGAUGUUUCGUUCGUCAAAUUACGUCGUACGGGGUUUUCGUUGAAACUGUCGGCGGGUUGGUCGGUCUGUGUCCUAAGUCGGCCAUUUGUGACAAGUAUCUCGCUGACGUAAACGACCGAUUCAUAACCGGCCAAUCAGUGGUUGCCGUGGUUACAGGGAUUGAAGACGACAGAAAAAGAUUUUUGGUUUCUCUUCGAUUGUCUCAAUGUCCAUUGAUCGAUGAACAACCAAUCAUAUCCCAGUAUUCUGACGAGAUGAAAAAAAUCAAAAAGUUUUUUCCGAAAGAUAAAUUGAAAGUUGGAGAUCUUGUUACCGUGGCUACGAAGGAUGGAACGAGAUCAAUCGAGGGGAUUCCCGGGUUCGAGGUUCGGGGUGACAUCACAGAGGAUUCAACAGCAAUUGUCGUUCACAAAGAUUUUGCGACGAAAGUUUUGUUUGUUACAAACAAAAUGCCGGUUGUUGAUUUCUAUUCUUCAUCAAAACAAAAAGUAAAGGAAAUGUUAGAACGACAAAUUCGCGCUCAAGUAUUGUUUUUUAACGAUGACAUCAUAAUGGGGUUCGUUGUCAACAAUGGACGUUUAGUUCAAGUGUUCCGGAAAAAUCAUUGGAACGAAAAAAAAGUUUUGGUUGAAAUUGGACAAAAUAUCAACAUAGAGAUCAUACAAAGAAAGAAUUUGCUUUUGGGUAAAAUUCAAGAAUCGAGUAGUGAUGUUGGGGACUUUCCCUUCCUUGAUAUAAGUGUGGGGUCAAAGGUCAGAGGUGAGGUGGCAUCCAUCCGAGCGACAACAGCGAUCGUCAAACUUACAUCGUUACCAAUUGUCCAUGGACACCACCAAGUGGGGAGAAUUCACGCAUCGGAAGUUUUCGAGGAAUGCAAACAGAACGUUUCUCCCAUGAACAACUUGAAAGUCGGCGACACAAUAUCUUGCACUGUCAUCGGUGUCCGAGAUGUGAUGACUCAUCGAUUUCUUGAAAUCACGAACAGAAAAGCCACUAGAGGCGUCAUUGAGCUGAGUUUGUGGCGCUCUGUUCCUCCACCUGGUGACAAAAUCGAUGCAGAAUUUCCAGUCGGAAAAAAAACAAAAGUUUUUGUGAAAAAUUUUGAUCGAAGUCGUGAAAGUUAUUUGGUUGAAGUUCGGCCGGGGGUUCGUGGGUUUAUACCGAAGCUACUGGCGAUGGAUGGGGGUAAGAUGGGACAGGGGAAGAUGAAACAGGGUCGAUGUGUCGAGUGUAUUGUUGUAAAACACGGAGAUCCGAUAAUGUUCGCUUGUCGAGGAGCGCUAACCAAUGGGGUCGGGGAAGAUGUUUGUGACAUCGCGGUGGGUCAUGUGACAAACGGGGAAAUCCGGGAAAUUGUUGCAGACGGCGCCCUCGUGAGGAUGGAGUUACGAGGAAAAGGAAAAAUAUUUUCAACCGAUAUUUCCGAUGAAUUCCUUGACGGAAUGUUAAAAAAUUUUCGUGUUGGACAAAUUAUAAGGUGUCGUGUGAUUGGUCGAUCAAACGAGGGGUUUGUGCUUACCAUGCGGAAGUCACUCAUGCACGAAAUAUGUGACCUGGAACCAGUGGACCGUGACAUUUGUGACAUCACAGAUGUUAAACCAAAACAAAUAUUUCGAGGAAUAAUUAAAGUUUGUUCCGAGUCGGGAAUCUUCGUUACUUUGUCACGAUGCGUUCACGGUCGAGUGACUUUUGCAAAUGCGUCGAAAUUUUACAUUUCCGACCACACGGAGGCAAUAAAGAUAUUUUACCCUGGAAGAAUUGUUCAUUGUUGCGUAAUAAGUGUUUCACCACAAGAUGGCAGAGUGGAGUUGUCAAUGUUGGAACGAGACACAGGGCAUUGUGACAUCAUCAACGACGAGAAUCGGUUUCCGUUGCGUUUGAAACGUAAACGCGAGGAAACAAAGACUCAGCAAAAGAAAAAAAAAACUCGGAUUUUAAAAUCGGCGCCAAAAUCUUCGGUUGAGAAUUUGAUCAAACAAUCUGAGUUUAAGGAAGACAAUAUAAAGGUUGCAACUACUGUGGGUGAUUGUGAUGUCAUAGAACCGGGCUUUGUUUGGGAUGAUGAUGUCACAAUCGAUUCGAACAAGGAAGAUAUUAUGACCACAGACAAUGAAAUUUGUUCGAAAAGAAAAGUUAACGACGACAAUCCACCAGAGAGCGCUGUGGAGUGGGAGAAACUUCUAUUAUUACAUCAUAAUGAAUCAAUGUUGUGGAUUCGGUUCAUGGCGUUUCAUUUGCGGUCGAGGGAAAUUGAGAAAGCUCGAAAUGUCGCUGAGAAAUCGCUGACUUUGAUUGAUAGAAGCGCAGAAAACGAACGUUUAAACAUUUGGUCAGCCUUGUUGAACCUGGAGAACAAUUAUGGUUGUGAUGUCACAAUGAAACAAACAAUGGAGCGAGCGUUAAAAUGUUCCGAUCAACUUAAAGUUUAUUUUCGUGUCGUCAAGAUUUACGAGGAAUCAGGAAAGAAAGAGAAAGCCGGGGAAAUGUUGGAAAAAAUGACGAAUAAGUUUCGUCAAAACAAAGAAGUUUGGUUGGCUCACAUACGCCAUCAAAUGGAGGAAUCUCACUACAAGGAGGCACAAGAGAGCUUGAAACGAUGCCUCCUAAGUUUGCCAAAGAAACAAAAUUUGGAAAUAAUAUCAAAGUUUGCGCAAAUGGAGUUCACGCUCGGUGAAGCAGAACGUGGCCGGACGAUGUUCGAAAAUAUUCUUGAGAAUUAUCGGAAACGAACGGAUAUUUGGUCGAUAUAUGUCGAUGCAUUGGUGAAAGCGGGAAUGUACGAUGCUGCUAGAGAUGUUUUUAAUCGGGUGACCUCAUUGUCGCUGUCGAGCAAAAAAAUGAAAACUUUUUACCGGAGAUUUGUUGAAUUUGAAACGAAACAUGGAAAUGAUGACGAUGCAAAAAUUGUGAAAGAGAAAGCGUUAAAAUAUGCUGAGUCACUCGUCGAACAAGUGAUGGCCGAGUGAAUAUGAUGUCACAAUUCGUUUAAUAAAUGUCUCCAAGAAUA